AUUUGAACAAAGCAAGAACUACAGUUUUAGCAGAAUAAAAUGGUACCAUCUUUUAUUUCGUUGCCUUCUCGUCAGCUGCUUACAUGGCAAAGACAUUAUUAAAUAUAUUUACAACAACAAUUUUAAAAUACUUGCACAGAGUUCAGUUUAAACAAAAAUCAAUCGAUCAAUAUACUCAUACACUAAAAAUAUAUACAUAUAUAAAUAUGCAAUAUUAACCACUAUUCCGAACAAUAAUAAUCAAACACAAUGGGAACUUUUAGCAUUUCAUAUUCGGAGGAAAGAGAGGUGAAAUUAUCCAGUUACCAGGGCAAAGAAAGGCUGAUAACAGCUUUUUUCUGGACGCCUAAAUCAGGUUUCAGGCGCUUGGUGGAAAUGGCUUCAGCAAACUUAAGGAGAAUUGAGCUAUUUUGCUUAUUGAUAAUUUUGAACGACUUUUCGACGUCCACCUCAUGACCCGUGUCGAGAAGAUGCCUGGUGAGAACAUCCUACUAACACGACCAGAUGAAGGUGCAGGAAUUGUAAUAAUGGAUCGGAAAAAUUAUAUUGACAAAAUGCAAAACAUCCUGACAAAUUGAACAAAACUGCAGAAACCUGAACAUGAGAAGAACAAGACAGAAAUGAUAGAGGAACAAAUCACGCAGGUUCUAAAACGUUUGAAGAAUGAUUCAUCAUUGAUAACCGAGCUAUAUGAAAGGUUAAGGCUUUCUGGAUCAAUCAUUCUUCGACUCUAUGACCUACCGAAAAUAAAUAAAUCUGAAUUACCAAUGCCUACCAUUUUAGACAUGGCAGGUUCACUGUAUCAUUAUGUUGCAAAAUGGAUAGUAGAACUCUUGGAACCAUUAGGAAGUGAGGGGACUGCUGAGUAACACAGUACACCAGAUCCUCGAGCGAGAAACGAUUAGUUGGAUGUUCGAGAGUGGCAUGGAGGAGAUCGCAUGAGAAGGAGAUGAAAGCUUAUGGGCAAAUGUGAAAAUAGAAGAUGACUGUAGAGAACCGAACAAAAUGAAGAUGUUCUGUUGGAACCCUAUGUUACACUCGAAACCAAAAGGAAUAAUAAUAAUAUAAUAGAAUAGAGACAUUGACCUGGAUCUAACUGGAAACACCAACCAAUUGCGAGGACAUCA